AUGGAGAGGAAAUUAACUCGAGAAGAUUUCAUGCGGAAGAGCUUCCGCGCUCCGAGGUUGUCCCAGACACCAGAGGCUCAGUCGCCAACUGUUAACGGGGCUCCUCCACCGUCCCCAGUUUCGUUAGCAAUGUUAGAAAGAACCCCUCAAGCGUCAAGGGCCAAACAUGAAGUCGCGUCUACCGGCAUAGUGCCCAAGCGCUUAGAACUGAACAGAGCUCAUCCGAUACAUCUGAAAUCGUUCCAAACCCCAGAUCCCCCAGACGAAAAUGGCCCGACGCCUCCAUCAGACGACGUGCUUCGCAAACUCGAAAGGCAGAUCGGGGAAAUGGAACGCGGACUGGAACGCGCCCAAAAUGGGAACGUAGAGGUUGACGAACGGGUGAGAUACGCCGAGCACGAGAACUUGUUACGAACGGGUGUCUCUUCGGUCGGAGGCGGAGGAUAUUUGCCUACAGAUUCUGAUACAGAACACGAUGUCGUACCGUUCAAUAGAAACGAAACUACACGAAGUAGUACAGGGGGUACCGCUCCCGCCACCCGUCCUGCCACUAGACUCGCACGUACUCAUUCCGACACCCAGCAGCAUAAUGUUGCCGCUACAGCACGGCUGAUGAGGAAACUGGCUGAUGGAGGCACUAAAGAUGAAAAAACCAAGGUGAUUUCUCGUAAAGCGAUACAAGCGCGUAUGGAACGCGUUAAGAAUUCGGUGGUGGGAACGAAACACGAGCACCGAGUGCUGGCUGAACACAAGGCGGAACCUCCCCCGUCGCGGACACCAACGUCUCCUAUCUCGCCCAGAUCUUCUGUUCAGGUAAGCUACAGUGAUAUGGGUUCAAAGCAAUUAAGGUUAAAUAGGAUACGAGGUUAG